AGAAAAUUGCAGGAGGCACUGGAGAGUAUUAUAACUUUGUAGAAAUAUAUGUAAACAACCCUCUGAACAAAAAGGAAAAGGUGCUGAGGUGCCUUGGCUAUUUCAGGGGUUAAAAGCUGUAACCACUGAUGCGUAUAUAUGAGGCCGUAUUCCUAGAACACGGCUUGUAGCCUGACUCAAGCUAUUACAGUCUAACAACAGGGACCAAUAGAAAGAGAAGAAGAUCCAAGAAGGCUGAGGCAAACACAAUGAUUCUAAAAGUCUAUACAAGCCUUUUGCUCUUAUUCUUGGUCAAUUCUGCGUGGACUCGAACUGUGAGACAAGUUUAUGAUGAUCUGGGUCUUGACCAUUGGUCUCACUAUACUUCUGAGUGUCCACAGGAGUGCUUUUGUCCUCCUAGUUUCCCCAAUGCAUUAUACUGUGAUAACAAAGGACUAAAAGAAAUACCUCCAAUUCCAGCAAGAAUUUGGUACCUCUAUCUUCAAAACAAUCAAAUUGAAACACUUUCAGAGAAGCCUUUUAUGAAUGCCACUCAUCUGAGAUGGAUAAAUCUGAACAAGAAUAAGAUCACAAAUGGUGGCAUUGAGAGUGGUGUGCUGAGCAAGCUGAAAAGACUGCUUUACUUAUUCCUUGAAGAUAACGAAUUGGAAGAGGUGCCUGCCCCAUUACCAGUGGGUCUGGAACAGCUAAGGCUAGCUAGAAACAAAAUCUCCAGAAUCCCAGAAGGAGUCUUCAGCCACCUGGAAAACCUUACCAUGUUAGACCUACACCAGAACAGUUUGUUGGACAGCGCUCUUCAAAGUGACACCUUCCAAGGACUCAACAACCUUAUGCAACUCAACAUAGCAAAAAAUUCACUCAAGAAAAUGCCUUUAAGCAUUCCAGCUAAUACACUGCAGCUGUUUUUGGACAACAACUCCAUCGAAGUUAUACCAGAUAACUACUUCAGUGCAAUACCCAAAGUGACUUUCCUUAGGCUGAACUACAAUAAAUUGUCUGAUGAUGGUAUCCCUCCAAAUGGGUUUAACGUUUCAUCUAUUCUAGACCUACAGCUGUCUCACAAUCAGCUCACUAAAAUUCCACCAAUCAAUGCUCACCUUGAGCACCUUCAUCUUGAUCACAACAAAAUCAAAAAUGUCAAUGGGACUCAAAUAUGCCCAGUUUCCAUUGCCUUAGAAGAAGACUAUGGUCAUUAUGGCAACAUCCCUCGCCUCCGAUACCUUCGUCUGGAUGGAAAUGAAAUUCAACCUCCAAUCCCACUGGACAUCAUGAUUUGUUUCCGACUACUUCAAGCUGUUGUCAUAUAAAGAUAUUGCAGAGUCACUCUUGUACUCUGAGAGUGAUAAGAUACAAGUCUUGCUGGAAUGAAACUUGUUCUAAGUCAUAAAUCAAGAAGUAACAGCUUUAUUUGACUUUAAUUUUUUUCUUUGCUUGUAUCUUUUCUACAACUGAAAAGGCUGUUCUUUCAGAAGAGAUUUUGUAUGGACCUGAAACAUGUGCUUAACACCUUACCCUAUAAAUUCCUAAUGUGAAUAUAUUGAAAAUCAUCAUUGUAAGGUCCCAAAUAUUCCAAAGAAAAUUCUUGCCUACUACAUCUUUCUUUACUACAUUGUCAAAUGUGACAAUGCCUACCCUGCUAACAUCAUUGCUAUAGACAAAUUGUAUGUCCUUAUUUUGUUAUAUAGUAACUAACACAAUGAAUUUGGGUGCACUUGGCCAAAUGCAUAUGCUAAUAAAAUCAUGAGCUGCAUGAUUACUAGUUAUCAGAACUGCCACUGACAUUUCAGAUAGUGACUUGUGGCGAAUAACCACUUAACAUGCAAAUAACCCAUAAAUUGCUGUCAUCUUUUGAAGAUUAAUACUUUUAAGGCAAAAAGUAUGUGAGGCUUAGCAUCUAAAGAAGAUUACUGAAUAUAUAUAAUUGUAGGGAUUCAUUAAGUGAGUUUCAGGACUGGAAUAAACUGAUCCAACUCAAAUCCAGGGACAAGAGAACAUGAGAUGUAAUCUUGUUCUCUCAAAGUCCCAGUUUUCUGCUGUUUUAUUCCAUUUCUAAUUUUGACACCAUUUCUUUCUGCAGCUUUGGGAUCAUCAUUGAAUAUUUGGUUAAUUUUAGUUUGCAGAGAAAUACAACCAAGAAUAGUAAUGAUUACAUAUUUCGUGGACUAGGUACUUCAUAAAAAUUUGAAUGGCUAGUUAAUACAAUGGUGAUGAAGAGAAAAUUAAGAAAUUAAGCAAUACAUCCCCUCCCAAUUAUUUACUGAACUAGGCAAGCACUUGCAUAGGAAUUGUAUCAAUUAAGCAAACACAAUCAACUCAGAGCAGUAUUCAGCAAACUGCUAACUCACAUAUAUGCACACAAUAAUACCGGAUUUUAGAGAAGUUCAGGUAAUUAGAACAUGAUACAUUAACAACUCACUAACAAGGGAGAUACCAGAAGGCAACUUUUUAUGAAAUAUGCUUGAUUUUAUCAAAUAUGGUUGAUUUUUUUCUAUUUUAUAAUAUUGGCAUUUCAAUAAAUGACUUGAAUAUUAGAGUCAACUAUUGACUGAGAGAGUAUGACAUUCUUAUUUCUGCUAGCCAGCACAACAGGCAAUCCAUCAGUCAUUAUUUUAGUCUUCUUGCAUUUCUAGAUAAACGCAAUUAGUUGUUCAUUGAUGUCUUGCAUCUAUUGAUAAUAUUUUAAGACUGACCUCAGUAGUAAGCAUUUAAAGACCAUGCAUGUGGUAUAAUUUUUGCAUUGAAGAUUAGGUAUUUUCUUAAAAGUAGAUUUUUAAAAGUGUUGAGAACUACAGUUUCUAACAAACAAUCCUUUUUAUCUGAAAAUCAGUCCUUAUUCUACUCUGGAGAACUUGUGGAAACAACCUAGUAUAGAAACCCAGUAUAGAAUUAACCCAUUCAGAAAUCCUAUCGCAAAGCCAUUUACUUUUGUUGUUCUUUUUAUGUGAUUGCUGAGAAACUCUUGCCCUUCUAGCAAAAGUAUUUUCUGUACCUCUGUGUUCACCCUAUAUAAAAAAAAGACAGAUUUUAAAAGUCUUUACAAUAUGUAUGCAUGUCAUCUAAGUUCUUUACUCAAUAAUAUAAUAGUAAUUUAUUUUUGAAAAAAAAUUAUGUGACAAUACUAUUAAUUAGAUUAUAACAUCUAUUAUGUUCUGGUCUUGGAAAUUAAUUUCUGCUUUAAGCAAAAAACAAGUACAUUUACUCCAGAGUGAAUAUUCAAAGACAUAUAUGCAUAUUAUUAAUAUAAUUUAUAGUUCUAAUCAUACAGCAAAGCACCUUGAAGGUCCAGUAAAAAAUUAUUACCUUUGAGGUACCGUAUACACAUUAAAGAAGAAAAGACUAAACCUUCCCCAAAGAGAUGUCAAGCUUACAUAGAAGAGAGGUUGAAAUGUAAAAUCAUAAAAGGGUACUAGAGCAUCAAGGUACUCCAUUUUCUGGAUAGGGGCCAUAUUAUGUGAUGGGAUCAGAAGCACAAGAUCUGAUGAAAUAAUUUUUAACAGUUAUUUUUACCAGCUGUACUGCUAUUUGUCCAAUACAGUGUAAUUUGGAAAUCAUUAUAAAUCAGUCCUUCAAAUAGUCAGUACUUUCCUAUGGAACAAUUCUAGAACACCUGCAGACUGAUGCUCAAGAUUUGUCUCUGUCAAAUCCCAGUUAAUCUGAGUGAAGAGAAGAAUUCUAUUGGGAUGAAGAUCUGCUGCUGCCAAGUGCUCUGUACUCUGCACCUUUAAGACAAUGCACUGGCUCCACAUCUGGGAACUAUUUAAUUAAAGAGAAAAUUUUAAGUAUCCUCACUUAGGCCAAUUUGUUCCAUCUUGAGUCUCUCUCCCAGAACCAGCUCCAUGAAAUAGAAUAAAAAAUAGCUAUGUUGCUGCAGUGACCUUCACAAAAUAUGUCAGUAUUGAUUGGGGGUUAAGCUUCUUUGCUGCAUGUACACGGCCAUUUACAACAGUUUUAAUAUUCUUAAAUGUCCUGGGAAAGUUGGUAAAAUUUCCUUUCAGACUACAAUAGAAGGCCUAAAUUGCAUUAUUGUGUGGAACUAAACAAUGUAGGCUUUCAGCCACUACACAGUCAGUUCAUUCAUUGUGCCAGAAGACUAUAAAGAAAUAUGUAAAACACAUUGUC